GGAAGAAGAAGCAGCGAAAGAGAGGGAGCUGAAGCUGCAGCUGAUCUGGAUCUACAGUCUCUCUCUCUACAACGCACGCUCCCAAUCCAGUUCACGCACCGACGAGAGAGAGCUUAUCGACAGUGGUUGAGAGUGGUGGCCAGUCGUAAUUUCCACCUCUUCAAUUAAUUCUCUCUCUCUCUCUCUCUAGCAAUCAGUUUCUGCGUUACCUCAAAUCCCACGAAACUAGAACCCAGCAAUCCUCUCUCCCCCGCCGCCGCCGCCGCCGCCGCCGCCGCCAUGCCUGGCCUCGUCUCCGUCAAAACCCCGCCCGACGCGCCGGCCCCGCGCAUCUCCCUCCCCGACCUCCCCGAGAUCCGACCCGGCCCCGAACCCGAACCCGAUCCAGGCCCAGGCCCCGACCCCUCCCAAGCCCGCCUCCCCGCUCCCCAAGAAGCCCCCUCCCCCUCCCCGUCCCGCUCCAAGUUCUCGCCCCGGAAGCCCCCGCCGGAGUCGCCCGGGUCCGCCGCCGGCGCCGGCGCCGGAGUCCCGCCCGAUGCGUCGCUCGACAACCCGGAUCUCGGGCCCUUCCUCCUCAAGCUCGCGCGGGACACCAUCGCCUCCGGCGACGGCCCCGCCAAGGCCCUCGACUACGCGAUCCGGGCGUCCAAGUCGUUCGAGCGGUGCACCGCGGACGGCGAGCCCAGCCUCGACCUGGCCAUGAGCCUCCACGUGCUGGCGGCGAUCUACUGCAGCUUGGGCCGGUUCGAGGAGGCCGUCCCGGCGCUGGAGCGCGCGAUCCAAGUCCCCGAGCCCGGGCGCGGCCCCGACCACGCGCUCGCCUCUUUCUCCGGGUAUAUGCAGCUGGGGGACACGUUCUCGAUGCUCGGUCUGGUCGAUCGGUCCAUCGGGUGCUACGAGCAAGGGCUGAAGAUACAGAUCGAGGCACUUGGGGAGACAGAUCCGAGAGUGGGCGAGACUUGCAGGUACUUAGCUGAGGCCCAUGUCCAAGCAAUGCAGUUUGAUAAAGCAGAAGAGUUGUCCAAGAAAACUCUUGAAAUCCAUCGGGCGCAUAGUGAACCAGCAUCUCUUGAAGAAGCAGCUGAUCGCCGGCUCAUGGCUCUAAUAUGUGAGGCGAAGGGAGACUAUGAGUCUGCUCUCGAGCAUCUUGUCCUUGCCAGCAUGGCAAUGAUUGCAAAUGGGCAGGACAAUGAGGUUGCUGCAAUCGAUGUCAGCAUCGGCAACAUUUACCUUUCCCUUUGUCGUUUUGACGAGGCUGUUUUUUCUUACCAGAAGGCCCUCACUGUUUUUAAAUCAUCAAAAGGCGACAGCCACCCUUCAGUCGCCUCUGUUUAUGUACGUCUAGCAGAUCUGUACCAUCGGACAGGAAAACUGCGUGAGUCUAAAUCUUAUUGCGAAAAUGCCCUUCGAAUUUAUUCCAAACCCGUGCCUGGAACUACAGCAGAAGAAAUUGCUUGUGGGUUGACUGAAAUUUCAGCAAUUUAUGAGUCUGUGGAUGAGCCUGAGGAGGCGCUUAAGCUCUUGCAGAAGGCUAUGAAAUUGUUGGAGGACAAGCCAGGACAGCAGAGCACUAUUGCAGGAAUAGAGGCAAGAAUGGGAGUGAUGUUUUACAUGAUUGGGAGGUAUGAAGAAGCACGGAACUCCUUUGAAAAUGCAGUGACUAAACUGAGGGCCAGUGGGGAGAGGAAGUCGGCCUUCUUUGGGGUUGUAUUGAACCAGAUGGGAUUAGCUUGUGUGCAGUUGUUCAAGAUUGACGAGGCUGCUGAAUUGUUUGAAGAAGCAAGGAGUAUUCUUGAACAAGAGUGUGGCCCUUGUCAUCAGGAUACACUUGGAGUGUAUAGCAAUCUUGCCGCAACUUAUGAUGCAAUGGGAAGAGUUGAGGAUGCAAUUGAAAUCUUGGAGUACGUGCUCAAAUUGAGAGAGGAAAAGCUUGGCAUAGCUAAUCCUGAUUUUGAAGACGAGAAGGGUAGAUUAGCUGAACUGCUUAAAGAAGCUGGAAGGUCUCGCAAUAGAAAAGCCAAAUCUCUAGAGAACCUCAUCGACCCCAACUCGAAGAGGACGAAGAAAGAAGGUACCAAGAGGUGGCCUGGCUUGGGCUUUAGAAUAUAAGCAGGCAGUACUAAUUAUCCGCAUCAAUCCACGAUUUGAGAUACGCACAUCCUGUAACAUAGAAGAUCAUGUAUAGAGUUAGUAGCAUUGCCCGGGCAAGUUUCCGUGUUUUCUUUGGCUUCAAAUCUUUCAUUUCUUUCUUCUUUAAUCGUUAUUUGGCACUGAUGUGUGUUGUGAUCUUGGAUUUUUCGACUGAGAAGGGGAAUGGUCAGUCGGUUGUGUACAUUUCAAUGUGCUCUUUGCUCGCUUCUCUCGAUUGCAUUUUUUUUUUCC